AUGGAUGUUGCUGGAUUUUUCCGCUCACAGCUUUGUGUAAAGCUACCCGUUCCCACAAAGCAAUAUACUGGACAAACAAUAAUCGUCACUGGUUCCAAUGUGGGAAUAGGUCUCGAAACAGCCCGUUACUUUGUCUCCUUAGACGCCGCCAAAGUCAUCCUCGCGGUUCGAAACACAACAAAGGGUGAUCAAGCUGCCAGGUCAAUUACACAAUCUCCAGGUCGCAUUGGAGUUACUGAAGUGUGGCCUUUGGAUCUGACCAAAUAUCACAGCGUCAAGUUAUUCGCUGAGCGUGCAAUAAGCCUGGAGAGGCUGGAUAUUCUCGUCAACAAUGCAGGAAUACUUGUGUAUGACUUUGAGGUUGCGGAAGACAAUGAGUCUACUAUCACCGUCAAUGCAGUGAGCGCAAUGCUUCUUAGCAUUUUGUUACUUCCGAAGCUUCGGGACACGUCAGUUCGGUACGGAAAAGAGUGUGUCUUGACAUUUACCGGGUCGUUUGUUCAUUACAUGACAGACUUCCCGGAGCGAAAAGCCCCUAACAUUCUCGAGGAGCUAGCAAACAAAGACAGAGCAGACAUGAAGAACAGAUACUUCGUCUCCAAAAUGGUCCAACUCCUCAUGAUCCGAGAGCUCGCAAACCAAAUCACUAGCUCCGCGUUACCUGGUAACAUCACAGUCUCCGUUGCCAAUCCGGGAUUCGUCAAGACUGAAGUGAUGAGACACGCAAGCCUCACAUUUCAUAUUUUCUUCAGACCGUACCGAAAGCUUGUCGCCCGUUCAGCACAGGAAGGAGCCAGGACACUGCUUCAUGCGGCAGCCGGCGGGGAAAACACCCAUGGCCAGUACUUGAGUGAUUGCGAGGUUGCUGUUACUUCCGAGUUGGUAAGAAGUGCAGAGGGAGCAGAGGCUCAGAAGAAACUUUGGACUGAGUUAUCGGCAACACUCGAAAAGAUUCUCCCAGGGAUCAUGCAAAACAUCUGA